AUGAUCACCAAAAACUUCCACAAGAACUUUGCCUCAUCCUUGACCCGAGCCUCAGGGUUGAGAUUGUACAAUCUCGAGAUAUUCGAAAAGAUAGAUCCGUAUGAUCCAGAUGAGGAUAUACAGACAACAUGUCGUUCAAUACACGCUUGGAUAUCUGAUAUUUCCCAUGCACUUGUUUUUCAGCUGAUAUAA